GGGGCUUGGGGAGGGGAGCGGACCCCCCAUGAGCGCCGGAACGCCGCGACCCAGGUUAACGGGGGGCAUCUCCCGGGCGACCGGCGCGACAACAAGAUGGCGGACGAUAAAGAAGAGCUGGUAGUAGCAGAAUUACACAAAAAAAUCAAAGAGGCGUUCGAAGUGUUUGAUCAUGAGUUGAAUAAUACAGUGGAUGUGAGGGAGAUUGGCACAAUUGUCAGGUCCCUAGGAUGCUGCCCCAGCGAAGGCGAGCUCCAUGAUCUGCUGGCAGAGGUAGAGGAAGAAGAACCUACUGGAUACAUUCGAUAUGAAAAAUUUCUUCCAGUGAUGACCAAAGUAUUAUUGGAAAAAAGAUACAGACCAAUUCCAGAAGAUGUCCUCCUUCGAGCUUUUGAGGUUUUAGAUCAAGCGAAACAUGGGUUUCUUACUAAGGAGGAACUGAUCAGGUAUAUGACUGAGGAAGGCGAACCUUUUUCUCAAGAGGAAAUGGAAGAAAUGUUGUCUGCUGCAAUUGAUCCAGAGACAAAUGCAAUUAAUUACAAGGAAUAUAUAACAACAAUGGUGAUAGAUGACAGUUAAAUGUUCUAAAGAUUCAACUUGUAAUUGAAAAAACAAUUUUAAAAAAUGCUUAUCUUUGUUAAUUUUACAUUUUAGUAAUUUCUAUAGCUAAUGGACUUAUGAUUGAACUAUUUCAACAUUUUUUUUAAAAAAGUUAUCAUAAU